AUGUCUGGAAAAGAUAGAUUAGCUAUAUUCCCUUCUCGGGGUGCUCAGAUGUUAAUGAAGGCCAGAUUGGCUGGAGCACAGAAAGGCCAUGGUCUCCUGAAGAAGAAAGCUGAUGCACUGCAAGUUAGGUUUCGUAUGAUUUUGAGCAAAAUUAUUGAGACUAAAACCCUUAUGGGGGAAGUCAUGAAAGAAGCUGCUUUCUCACUUGCUGAAGCAAAGUUUACUACAGGAGACUUCAAUCAGGUUGUCCUACAAAAUGUUACUAAGGCUCAAAUCAAGAUUCGUUCAAAGAAGGACAAUGUUGCAGGUGUAACACUGCCAAUUUUCGAGUCUUACCAGGACGGCUCGGAUACAUAUGAACUGGCGGGUCUUGCCCGUGGUGGUCAACAACUUUCAAAGUUGAAGAAAAACUUCCAGAGUGCUGUAAAAUUACUUGUUGAGUUGGCUUCACUGCAGACCUCUUUUGUUACACUUGAUGAAGUUAUCAAAAUAACCAACAGACGUGUGAAUGCUAUUGAGCAUGUGAUCAUCCCCCGCUUGGAGCGUACCCUGGCCUACAUCAUUUCUGAACUUGAUGAAUUGGAGCGUGAGGAGUUCUACCGGCUGAAGAAGAUCCAGGACAAGAAGAAGAUCAUUAAGGAUAAAGCUGAAGCUGCUAAGGCUGCGAUGAUAGCCGCUGGGAAGGACGUGGGCGACAUUGCAAACUUGCUUGACGAGGGUGACGAAGAUUUGCUCUUC